AUGCAGCAGGACGCGACAGCGCCGCUGCCUCCGGGCUGGUUGAGCGCGUGGGACACGACCCACCAGGCACACUACUACUACAACGCUGCCGCCGGCAUCACGCAGUGGGAGCCUCCUGCACCGCCGCGGCCGCUCGUCCAGGCCGCAACGCCGGCCGCGCCUCCCGCAGCGAUAGCGCCGGCGGCAGCGGGGGCGCCCGUCGCGCCGGGCGGCGCAGCGGCGGCGCGCUACUGCUACUUGGACCCCUCUGGCGUCAGGCGCGGCCCCUUCACGGCCGCGGAGCUGCGCGGGUGGCGGCAGCACCUCCCCAUGGACCUGCGGCUGUUGCCAGUGGUGGACGAUCACAAGGGGGGCGCUGCGACGUGCAGCGGCGCCGAUGCGGGACACGGCAGCUGCACCGACGAGCAGCGGGCAGAGGGCCAGCUGGAAGGGCCGGGCCCUGAAGGGGAGCGGCGCGGGCCAAGUGGCGACGGCCAGGCGCCCGAAGGGGUGACAGGGGUGACAAGGGGUGAGGAAUCGCCGAGCUGUGCGGCGCCCGCGCCUGCCACUGCGGUGGUCGAGGCGGAAGCCCCAGAACGCCAAAGCGACAGCCUGCGGCCUGAGCCGCCUCAGCAGGGCCGUGAAGUGCAGCACGAAUCUUGGGAGCAGCAGCAGCAGCAGCAGCAGCAGCAGCAGCAGGAGCAGCAGCAGCAGGAGCAGCAGCAGCAGCAGCAACAGCAGGAGCAGCAGCAAGUCGAGGACACCCAGCGGCAGCAACAGCAGCACGUGGCGCAAGGUGACCCCAUCGCCGGCGGCGGCCAACUCCAGGGCGUGGAGCUGGCCGUGGUGCUGGGGGACGGCCCCCUCCUCGCAGCCUGGCGGGCUGCCGCCGCCCACUGGCCCCCGGCGCUGCGGAGCGUGGCGCCCGGCUGCGGCAGCGGCGGCGGCGGGGGCGGGGGCGGGGGCGCGCCCCGAGCGCCGCCUGCACCUAUCUGGGAGGCGUGGCAGCAGCAGCACCGCCACCAGCCGCACGAUCCCUGGCGUUGGCAGCAGCAGCAGCAGCGGCAGCAGCAGCAGCAUGCGCCAGCAGGCAGUGGGGCUGGUGAGAACAUGCCCAGCAGGGGAAGCCCUGUCAGCGGCGGCGGCGGGGUUGGCGGCGCCGGCGGCUCUUUCGCAGAGUACGCAGAGGCCGUGCUCGCCGGCCUGCCUCCUACCGAUGAUGCCGUCGUGCUGGCAAAGACAGCCCUGUAUUACGGCAGACCCCUAGAGGAGGUCAUGACCGCCGCCGCCGCCGCGGGCCCCGGCUCUUCCGCCGCCGCGCCGCCCUCCAGCCGCGGCGGCGGCGGCUGCGCGGGGUGGGACGUCGAGUUCGUGCGGGACCCGCGGAGCGGCCGGCUGACGGCGGUGUACAGCGGCGCCGGCGCGGCGGCGCCCGCGGCGGCGGCGCGGCUCUAUGGGGACCUGGAAAG